CGCAUCCAUUUGCAUCUGCCCAAAGCAAUUGUUAUUCGAUGACCAAGAAAUUGAUUCUAGAUAUUCGUCGCGACAUUCGAUGAGUGAUCACGUGUAGAACGAAAAAAUUAGAAAACAUCGUUGGAGUAUUUGAACAAUUCGAACGUUCCUUGUUUACGAUAUGGAGAAUUAACAAUGGCGUAUGAUUGAUAGUUGCUCUAGAAAUUAAAUCGCAUUUUAGCACGAUGUUGAUGUUUUGUCCGAUUUGCGGUAAUGUGCUUCAAGUGGAGGAAGCCUUGUCGGGAUUACGAUUCGCGUGCAACACGUGCCCUUACGUGCUUAAUAUCGCGAGGAGAAUUAGCAGCCGUACGUAUCCAAAGCUGAAGGAAGUGGACGACGUGCUGGGCGGAAGCGCCGCUUGGGAGAACGUAGAUUCCACGGACGAACGGUGUCCAAAGUGCUCUCACCAUCGAGCGUAUUUUAUGCAAAUUCAGACAAGGUCUGCUGACGAGCCUAUGACUACGUUUUAUAAAUGUUGCAAUCCUCCAUGUGGCCACAACUGGCGCGACUAAAGUUCUGUUUCGAAUACAGCGGAAAGAGAACAACUAUGACUAGAGCAGAUCUGGGUCCAAUGAAGAACAUUUUGGAUAGAGCUAUGGAAGAAAUGAAUCUAUUAGACUCAUCUAAUAAACAUUGGAU